AUGGACCGGGAUCCGAGCCAGGACUCUGGAUCCAGCAGCAGGACUAAAGCGGGCGCUGCCGGUCUGCAGAAACAUAAAGGCAAAGAGAGACCCACAGGUUACCCCUGUGAUCAGUGUGAGGAAGUCCUCGCCACUUCAUCAUCCUUGAAGGGUCAUAAGAAGAUUCACACUGGAGAGAAGCCGUACCGAUGUGAUCAGUGUGGGUCAACUUUUACUAAAUUGGGUAAUUUAAGAUGUCACCAACGCAUUCACACUGGAGAGAAGCCGUACCGAUGUGAUCAGUGUGGGUCAACUUUUACUCACUUGGGUAAUUUAAGAUGUCACCAACGCAUUCACACUGGAGAGAAGCCGUACCGAUGUGAUCAGUGUGGGUCAACUUUUACUCACUUGGGUAAUUUAAGAUGUCACCAACGCAUUCACACUGGAGAGAAGCCGUACCGUUGUGAUCAGUGUGGGUCAACUUUUACCACCUCAGGAUCUUUAACUGAGCACCAACGUGUUCACACUGGACAGAAGCCGUACCAAUGUGAUCAGUGUGGGGCAGCUUUUACCACAUCAAGUGCUUUAACUAGGCACCAUCGUAUCCACACUGGAGAGAAGCCGUACAGAUGUGAGCAGUGUGGAGCAGCUUUUACUGAAUCGGGUGCUUUAACUAAGCACCAACGCAUUCACACUGGAGUGAAGCCGUACAGAUGUGAGCAGUGUGGGGCAGCUUUUACCACAUCAAGUGCUUUAACUACGCACCAACGCAUUCACACUGGAGAGAAGCCGUACAGAUGUGAGCAGUGUGGGGCAGCUUUUACCACAUCAAGUGCUUUAACUAAGCACCAACGCAUUCACACUGGAGAGAAGCCGUACAGAUGUGAGCAGUGUGGGGCAGCUUUUACUACAUCAGCUGGUCAACUGUAA